CUCCCUCCCUCACCUCACACAGCCAUCUCCGCUAGCUCACACACCAAGCAAAUCAACCGGAGAGGAGCAAGCGUGGUAGUAGCUAGGAAGCAAGCAAGAAUAUAAUCAAUGGAGGGCAAGGAUGAGGAUGUUCGUGUGGGCGCGAACCGCUACACUGAGCGCCAGCCGAUCGGCACGGCGGCGCAGGGCGGUGGCGAGGACAAGGACUACAUGGAGCCUCCCCCGGCGCCACUGUUCGAGGCGGAGGAGCUGACGUCGUGGUCCUUUUACCGCGCCGGCAUCGCCGAGUUCGUGGCCACGUUCCUGUUCCUGUACAUCAGCAUCCUCACGGUGAUGGGCGUGAGCAAGUCGUCCAGUAAGUGCGGCACCGUGGGCAUCCAGGGCAUCGCGUGGGCGUUCGGUGGCAUGAUCUUCGCGCUCGUGUACUGCACCGCCGGCAUCUCCGGAGGUCACAUCAACCCGGCGGUGACCUUCGGGCUCUUCCUGGCGCGGAAGCUGUCGCUGACGCGCGCGCUCUUCUACAUGGUGAUGCAGUGCCUGGGCGCCAUCUGCGGCGCCGGCGUAGUCAAGGGGUUCCAGCAGGGCCUCUACAUGAGCGCUGGCGGCGGCGCCAACUCCGUCAACCCGGGCUACACCAAGGGCGACGGCCUCGGCGCCGAGAUCGUGGGCACCUUCGUGCUCGUGUACACCGUCUUCUCCGCCACCGACGCGAAGCGGAACGCGCGCGACUCGCACGUGCCCAUCCUGGCGCCGCUCCCCAUCGGGUUCGCGGUGUUCCUGGUGCACCUGGCCACCAUUCCCAUCACCGGCACCGGCAUCAACCCCGCCCGCAGCCUCGGCGCCGCCAUCGUCUACAACAGGUCCCACGCAUGGAACGACCACUGGAUCUUCUGGGUUGGCCCAUUCAUCGGUGCUGCUCUGGCGGCCAUGUACCAUGUGGUGAUCAUCAGGGCCAUCCCAUUCAAGAGCCGCGACUAAGCAACCAAGCAAGCUUAAUCAGUACCCCUACCCCAAAUAUCGUGUCAUUUUACUAUGUUUAUGUGGCGAUGCGCUCGCUCGUCCGUCACUUCUCGGUUUAAUUUAUCCACUGUAAUUAUCUAUGUAUGUAUCUAUCCAUGCCUCCAUGGCCAUGUUAA